GAGUCUGACUUUAAAAAUAAAAUAAAGUAAAAAUAUGUUUUAUUAACAAGUUCUUUUGUUAAUUACAGGGUGGUAUUAAUGCUGCUUUGGGAAACAUGGAACCAGAUGACUGGAGAUGGCAUAUGUAUGAUACAGUGAAAGGUUCUGAUUGGCUAGGUGACCAGGAUGCCAUACAUUACAUGACAGAAGAAGCUCCGAAGGCUGUUAUUGAAUUAGAAAAUUAUGGAAUGCCGUUUAGCAGGACUGAAGAAGGUUUGAUAUACCAAAGAGCAUUUGGAGGCGGUAGCUAUGAUUAUGGAAAGGGUGGCCAGGCCCAUAGAUGCUGCUGUGUAGCAGACAGGACUGGGCAUUCUUUACUGCAUACUUUAUACGGACAGGUACGUUGAUCUACCAUGUAUCCGGGGGUAAGUACUUCACUUUUUCCAAUGGACUGUUACUAAGCGCCAUCGUUUGGAUUUUAUAUUUAGGUUCACAAAAAUGACGGCCUAAACAU